AUGGCGAAGCGGAGUCUGAGCAAUCGCAACAAUGUUCCGGUUCGUUGCUGCUCGAAGGAACUUCCGAUUGAUUACGUGAAGAGUGUGCUGACCAAGACCCAAUUUGAGCAGUACCAACGCUAUGUUGCUGAGCGCGACCCGAAGACGUCGACACUCAAGUCGGACAAGGAGUACGCGACGGUGGUGCGUAAGAACAAGGGGAAACAGUGCCCGGUUUGCGGCAUCGGGGUUGUUAAAGUCUCCGGGUGCCAUGCCAUGCGGUGCUCGCUCGGCCACGGCUUCUGUUGGAACUGCCUGCAGACAAUCUGCACUUGCGGCCGCAUCUACCAGUACCACUAA